AUGGCACCAUAUCAACCCACCCCAAAAACAUCAAACCUCCUCACAAUCUCACUCCACAUCCGCCAGAAUGUCAACCUCACAACCACCACCAAAAUCAAUCCUCAAAAGACAUCGUCGCACACAACCACAUCAGACCUCUCAGAAGACUCUUUCACCGCAACCCUCAAAAUAAAGCCAAAAUCCGACAUCGAGCGCAAACGCCUCCAAACAGCAAUCUCCCACGCCACACUGAUUCAAGAGCAGAAAGCCAUCUUGCGCCAAAACUUGGACGCCAUUGAAGAACUUUCUGAUAUCCCGCUAGGAGACUCGGCCACUCUGGCAGAGACGGAGAGAUUUCUGGAUGCAAUGGUGGAUUUUCAGGGGAGCGAUUAUGACGCGUUGAUCGAGGAGAGACAUGUCAAUGGACGCUGUGGGUACGCGUUAUGUGCUAAUGCGCCGCGAAAGGCGUUACCAAAGGCACCGUGGAUGAAGAACAGAGGGCAGGACAUGUGGUGUUCAGAUGCUUGCGCAAAGAAGGCUCUGUAUAUCAAAGCCCAGCUCUCGGAGACGCCGGCAUGGGAGCGCAGGGCAGGAGAUCGUAACCCCUUGGUGCUAUAUGGCGGAUCCCAAGCCAGCUCUUCGCCACAACAGAUGCAACUGCCUGUGCGGCAAAAGGAGACACCCGCUAAAUCUUCAGAGCGCGAGUUGGCGUACGAGCGCGGCGAAGUCGACACAGUGGCUGCAGCAAAGAUGGGCAGAGUGUUGGCGGCACAGGUGCAAGAAAACAGCAUCAUAUCCUCCGUCAUGCCACCUACAGCAACGAGUUUUGCAGACAGCGAUGUGCACGAUCUGAUCGAGGGUUAUCAACCACGCGGUGUGCAGCAAGGCAAUCGCAUCACCAUCAAGUCCGGGGAUGCAGAUAGUGAAGAGGAUGACUGA